AUGAAUCUACGAUUCAUUUUAUUAUUCUACAUCCAAAUAGUCAAUGGUUUAAUCUAUUAUUAUACUCAAUCCAACACACGAAAAUGCUUUUAUCAUGAAUUACAUAAAGAAACAAUCCUAACUGGAAAAUAUAAACUCGAGAUAUUUGAUGAAAUAACCCAAUCAUAUAGACCGCCAAUAGAUAGAGUAGAAAUUGGGGUAGUUAUUGAUGUUGAAGAAGUAUUCAAUUCUAAUAGUCGCGUUGUUCAUCAACGUGGGGUAGCAAUGGGACAAUUCUCAUUUAAUACUCUAGAAACAGGGCAACAUAGGAUUUGUCUAACUCCUAAGAGUUUCAUAGGAGGAGGAGGAGGAGGACUAUGGUUUGGGAAUAAUGGAAAUAAUGGAAAUGGAGGACAACAUCAUCAAGAUGUGCUAAAAGAUCUGAGAUUUAAAUUGGCAAGAAUAGGUAUUCAAUUAAUGAAUACCGAUCCGAAAUUAUUAGAUUCAAGUAGAAAAGGAGAAAUGAAUUCGAUAAAGAGACAGAUAUAUAGAUUACAUGGGAAAUUACAUGAAAUAAGACGAGAACAAGUGUUGAUUCGGGAGAAGGAAGCCGUAUUUAGAGAUUUAUCGGAAAGAACUUGUGAUACAGUAUUAAGAGGAGUACUGAUUCAACUUGGGGCAUUAUUUAUUAUACUUUUAUAUCAAUUGUAUAGCUAUCUGAAAAGCUUCUACAAUAAUAAACAAAAAUUAGAAUAG